AAUCAUCCCUUCAGUCUUCCACAUUCAGUGAUCUCAAAGCUACAGAUUCUAGCAGAAUACCCAAAAUGCUUCACGAAAUUAUCAGUCCCUUUGAGACCGAUCAAUGCGAUGCUUUGAAAUCCAUUUGUCAGCAUCUUCUUGAAGAUGAUGAUGAUGAUGGAGUCAAUGCAACAUUUUAUGCACCGACUCCUGCAAACAUGUACUCGAGGAGCUCAAGCUUCAGCAAUCUCUUACUGACGGAGAAUUGGAGGGAACUGCCCCUGAAAAUUGACGACUCGGAGGACAUGUUGGUGUGCGGCUCUUUGCUCGACGCGCUCCGUUCCGGGUGGACGAUUCCUUGGGCUUCGAAUCAAGAACUUGAUUUGGGAGUGACGACCGUUGAUUGUCACAGCUUUGGUGUGGCCUUGAAUGAAGAACUUGAUCUGGAAGUGAGCAUUGAUUCGGCGACGGAGGAGAAACCGGUGAUGGUGGAGCACGAGGUACAAGCGCCGGUCGACAAGACACAUUAUAGAGGAGUGAGGAGGCGGCCGUGGGGAAAAUAUGCGGCAGAGAUAAGGGACCCCAAGAAGAACGGGGCAAGGAUUUGGCUCGGUACUUAUGAGAAGCCCCAGGAUGCGGUAUUGGCCUAUGACCGGGCAGCUUUUAAGAUGAGGGGGUCCAAGGCCAAGGUCAACUUUCCUCACCUUGUCGGCUCCACCGAGUACGAGCCCAUCAGGGUCAGCCCCAAACGUCGGUCCGCCGAGCCUAGCUCGCCAUCCAUGUCCAGCGAUGGCGGCUCGACGACCGGGACGAAGAGGAGAAAGAGAGAUGUCAAUGUGGAUGCUGAGGUGGAUUUUGAAAGUCCAAUCCCAUUUUCCAUUUUAGAAAAUGGGUUCGUUGAGUGUGGAUGA